UAUUUAGACUCUAUUUCCAUAAUAUUAUACAUUUAUUUGUUUUGUUUGUUUCUUAUCAUUUAAAACAUUUUUUUUACAUUUCAACUUUGUGCGACUAAAAUGCAUUAUUUUCCCCAUAAUUUUAAAUAUUUAUUCCUGUAAAAUUACUUGUUAGAUUCCAACUUUUUCCUCAUAAUAUUUUGACUAUUCUUGGAAAAUUACUGCUGAUUUUUCCCUUUUUUUAAAUUAAAGUUUUCAUGUUAAAGGUCGCAUAAUAUGCUCAUUUUUCCACCCUUUGCAUUGAGUUGUGGACUCCUUUAGAGCAGCUACACACAAUAACCAGCACACACAGCUUUCCAGAUCUUCCAGAAUCUGCACCCAUUCCGGCUGUAUUUCCUUGGACGUUUUCAUUGAUUCCGCUUUAGCAUUUUAAUGAUGCCAUUUCACGAGUAGGCCAACAGAACCUCUCUGAAUGUGACGUUUGCCUUGGAUGCAUCACAGCUCGUUGGGUGCAACUUGACCAUAAGGAUAAAACCAUUUUUCAUCAGAUGCCGGAACCGGUCUUGCCACUCGGAGCAAAAGGAUGUUGACUACUGCUUGUAUUAUCCAGCACGGACUGUGAUAAUGAAGGUGAUGAUGAAGGCCACGGCGGUGUUGGCGUUGGUUGGUGUUUGCUUUGCCGGGCUGCUGUGGCGAGCGUCUCGCCAAACUCGUGGCAUCCCCACCUCAGCAUCCGCUGCAGAGGAGCAUCCUGAAUGCCUUCAGGUGGAAGGAAGAAGAAAGGUUGUCAUCAUCUACUCCCUGGACCACCCUCUGUACAAGAACAUCAUCCUCAAGCUGAGCGCCUUCCUCACGGCCACAUGCGGCACGGAGGUGGUCCUGGAUCUGCUGGAUUCCACCAGGCUGGGAAUACUGGGCCGCGUUCAGUGGCUGGACUGGCAGAGGGAAGAAGUGGAAGGCUCCUCAGCCAAGAUCCUCCUCCUGUGCUCAGCGGGAGUGCAGGCCAAGUGGAGAGCCAUGUGUGGAGGGAAGACGCUUCUCCUGAGGGAGGACCAGCGCUCGGCGACGGGGGACACGCUGACUCCGGCUCUUAGCCUCCUCCUGCCCCGUUUGGUAGGAAGUGCUUCUUUGGAGAAGUUCAUCGUGGCUUACUUUGGAGACGUCUGCUCUCCCGAGCACGUUCCCUGGCCUUUUCAUGUCGUGGUUCGAUACCAGCUCAUGAAGCAGUUCGAGGAGCUCUUCUUCAGAAUCCUGGACACGGAGAAGCACGGCCCGGGUCGAGUUCAGCACAUCCGAGGUCUUGCAGAGGACAAGUACCACCGUUGCCCUUUUGGCAGAGCUUUGCAGGAGGCCAUCCAAGCUUUCAGGGAAUAUCAGCUGGAGAACCCGCACUGGUUUCAAGAGGAAUGUGUCAACCACUAAGGAAUCAUGCUGACACGAGCGUGCACCCUGGUGCUCACAAGAGGACUGUCGGCAUUGAGCGGCG